AUGGAAGCAGAAAUCACAGCUCCCUUGCUGAAAGGGAGCCAUGAGCAAAGGAAUGUGGAUAACGUCUCGAAACUGAAAAAGAAGGGAAGCCCAUUCCGCGUAAAGCCCGGAUUUCCAAUAGUCCCGGAGCUGAGCAGAGGCUCAGCUGGACGCCGCCGCCGCCGCCGCCGCCGCGGCUGGUACCCGGACUUGGACCCACGCUUUUUCUCCCCCUUUCGGGAGGAGGGAGGUGAGGGACUUGCAGGAAAGAGUUGCACCAGCUCUAGGAACCUGCAGAGAGGAGAACUCCGGGCUCAACAGAAUUCACCAAAAAUCCAUGAAGGCUGGUGGGCGUACAAGGAGGUGGUCCAGGGAAGCUUUGUUCCAGUUCCUUCUUUCUGGGGAUUGGUGAACUCAGCUUGGAAUCUUUGCUCUGUGGGGAAACGGCAGUCACCGGUCAACAUAGAGACCAGUCACAUGAUCUUCGACCCCUUUCUGACGCCUCUCCGCAUCAACACUGGGGGGAGGAAGGUCAGUGGGACCAUGUACAACACUGGGAGACAUGUGUCCCUGCGCCUGGACAAGGAGCACUUGGUCAACAUCUCAGGAGGGCCCAUGACAUACAGCCAUCGGCUGGAGGAAAUACGGCUCCACUUUGGGAGUGAGGACAGCCAAGGGUCGGAGCACCUCCUCAAUGGACAAGCCUUCUCUGGGGAGGUAGGUGGGGUUGUUGCAGUACUAAGGUUAAGUGCUAAUUAAUGAGAUUUGGCGCCUGUGUAUAUACAUGGUAGGAUGACAAAAUAAAAGAUU